UCUGCAUCUUAUAGAGAAUAGUUUACCGUAUGAAUCCAUCAAAAUUUACGUCUGUCGAUGCCAUUCCUUCCCUUGUACAAAGCUUGCGCGACACUUUUGAUACAGGCGUAACAAAGGAUAUUCAGUUUCGAAAGCAACAGUUGGAGAAGCUCAUACAGUUUAUGGAUGAGAAUAUGAAGAACAUAGAAAAAGCUAUCUGGGAUGACCUUCGUAAGCAUAAGCUUGAAGCGAAUAUCGGUGAAGUGAAUCCUGUGAUAAUGGAAGCCCAGUAUAUGAUCAAGAACCUUGAUCGUUUAACACAACCAGUCAGUACGACAAAGCGGUUUGCCAUGAACAGUCUUGAUAAGACGUUGAUACGAAGAGAGCCAAAAGGGGUCGUACUGAUUAUAGGGGCAUGGAAUUAUCCUAUCAACCUUGCUCUGUUGCCUCUUGUUGGAGCGAUCGCAGCGGGCAACUGUGUCAUUCUCAAGCCUUCCGAAGUGACAGGCCACACAGCGGAAUUGCUUGCAAACCAGUUGCCCAAAUACCUCGACCAACGCGCUUACAAUGUGAUCACGGGAGCUGUAGCAGAGACCACCGCCUUAUUGAAGGAACGAUUUGAUCAUAUUUUUUAUACGGGCAAUGGACACGUUGGUCGAAUUGUGAUGCAAGCGGCUGCUGAACAUUUAACGCCCGUUACACUGGAACUGGGUGGCAAAUCACCGGCUAUUGUCGCUCCUGAUGCCGAUCUUUCGGUCACAGCUAAUCGCAUCAUUUGGGGCAAAUUUUUCAACACUGGCCAGACCUGCGUGGCCCCGGACUAUGUGCUGGUAACAAAGGAUACGGUAGAGCCGCUCAUGGACGCGUUUCGAAAAUCAAUCAUCAAUUUUUAUGGCGAUAACCCUCAGAAAGAAUUGUCUUAUGGCCGUAUUGUGAACCAGCGUCAUUUUGAUCGCUUAAAAGGAUUGCUGGACGCAUUGGACAAGGAUAGCAUUUAUUUUGGCGGACAAACCGAUCGCGAUGAUCUGUAUAUUGCGCCGACCUUGGUGGGACCUUUGAAGACAAUGGAUGCCGAGGUGAUGAAGGAGGAAAUAUUCGGCCCCGUGCUUCCAGUCGUAGUUGCAGACGAUGUCAACGCCAUGAUUCGAAUGGUCAAUGCUCGAGACACACCACUCGCCAUGUAUAUAUUUGCCAAGGAUCCAAACACUUAUCACAAAAUUGUCGACAAUACCAGAUCUGGAGGAGUCCUAGUGAAUGACACGUUGAUGCAUCUACAAGAAAUGUCCUUGCCAUUUGGUGGUAUGGGUGCCUCGGGUAUGGGCAAUUACCACGGCGACAAUUCGUUCUAUACGUUUACACACGAAAGAGCGACCAUGAUCAAAUACCCCGGCUUGGAAGGAGUCUUAUCCGCACGGUAUCCACCCUACAAUGAGGACAAAGAAAAGAUCAUGUACCUGCUGGUGUACGGGUUUAAUACACCUCGUUCGAUGGGAUCGACACUGAGGGCCGUGACGGGUUUCUGCUCUGCAAUGUGGAGGUUCUUGUUCUCAAAGAAAAAGAAGGAAUAACGGUAAUAGUCUUUUUGCAAUAUGUGUUCUUGUGACCAAGAGCAAAUGCGGUACCAAACACACUGGAAGAGGAUGUGCAAACAAUGCGCUGUAAGCUUUUGGCGAUAAAAUAUUUAGCGAAAAAUUACUUGUACAAGCUCAUGUAUGGAAUGAUAUUUGGAUUAAGCCAUUAGCAACUUGUUGUUUUGAAAUGCAUUUUUACAGUUUCAAUGCUGAUU